CAAAGGCCACCCCUAAACAUGAACUUACAAUGAUGAGUGCUUCUACAGCAGGAGGAGGAGGAGGAGGAGCAGGAGGAGCAGCAGCAGCAGCCGCAGCAGCCGCAGCAGCCGCCGGAGCCUUCUUUCGCCGCCUUUUCCCCCUCAAUGCCCUUCCCCAAGGCCUCCCUCCCCACCAGAUGAAAGAGGAGUUCAAAUCCCUGGCGAGGUUUUCAGGCCCCAUAAUAAUGACGUCCUUUCUACUAUACUCAAGGUCGGUUGUUUCAAUGCUGUUCUUAGGUCAUCUUGGGAAGGCAGAACUGGCUGGGGGUUCACUCGCACUUGGGUUCGGGAACAUAACCGGAAUAUCCAUUCUGAGGGGCCUCUCCACGGGGAUGGAUCCCAUUUGCUGCCAAGCUUUUGGGGCUAAGAGAUGGUCAGUUCUGAGUCAAACCUUCCUCAAAACCCUGUGCCUCCUACUUCUUGUGUCCCUACCCAUCUCCGUGUUAUGGCUAAAUAUGGAACCCAUCCUUCUUUGGUUAGGUCAGGACCCCGCCAUCACCCAAGUCGCCAAGGUAUACAUGCUCUUCUCCAUCCCCGAAUUGCUUGCCCAAGCGCACCACCUUCCCCUCCGGAUCUUCUUGAGAACCCAAGGCAUUACCACCCCGAUUACCGUAGCUUCCAUAUGCUCUGCCCUCUUGCACCCUCCCAUCAAUUACUUUCUGGUCUCCUAUUUGAACCUGGGCGUCGAGGGUGUCGCCCUCUCCCUCGCCUGGAACACCUUCAACCUCAACCUGGGCCUCAUGCUCUACCUCGUGCUCUCUAGCAAGCCCUUGAAGCCUUGGCAGGGCGUCACCAUUGUGUCCACGUUCCAGGGGUGGCAGCCUCUGUUGAGUUUAGCAGUCCCGAGCGCGGUGUCGGUGUGCUUGGAGUGGUGGUGGUACGAGAUAAUGCUGUUCCUUUGUGGGCUGCUGAGUAACCCCCAGAACACAGUGGCAGCCAUGGGCAUCCUCAUCCAGACCACUGGAAUGCUGUACAUAGUUCCGUUCUCGUUAAGCGCAGGAAUCACGACCCGCGUAGGGCAAGCCCUGGGGGCAGGGGAGCCCAUUCGCGCCCAGUGGACGGCGGUGAUAGGACUUUCUACGGGGUUGGCUUUUGGAGUGACGGCCUUCUUUUUCAUGACGUCAGUGAGAUCAGUAUGGGGGAAAUUGUACACAGAUGAGCCGCAGAUUCUUCACAUGAUCUCCUCCGCACUACCCGUGUUGGGUGUGUGUGAAAUUAGUAACUCCCCGCAAACAGUGGCGUGUGGGGUUCUAACAGGAACCGCAAGACCCAAGUUAGGGGCGAGAAUAAAUCUGUACGCCUUCUACUUCAUUGGCCUCCCGGUUGCAGUGGUUGCCACUUUCACCCUCAAGGCUGGCUUUCUGGGGCUGUGGAUCGGACUGAUGACGGCCCAGAUAUCGUGCUUGUGUAUGCUGGUGCAUACCCUGCUUCGAACGGAUUGGAUCCAGCAGAGCGCGAGGGCGGUGGAGAUGGCGGCAAUAGUGGGAGAGGAGAGUGGUAAGGAAGAGGAGGGCGUGGAGUGCGGGCUGAUGGAGGGGAAUGAACAAGUGUAGCGGAUUUGGUUAAAACAACAACACUUAGUCAUACAUGAUUCAUUCAUGAACCCAUUGUAAUUCAUUGUCUUACAGACCCAAAAAAUCAUUCUUUUCACUUAAAGAACAAAAAAAAAAGACCCCUCCUCUCAUCAUCAAACA